UUUAGCAAAAGUCCACUUAGUUCCUCUCUCAGUAAGAGCCAGUCAUCUAUCUCUCCCUCUUCUCUUCAUCUAUAUCUAUUUCUGCUGUAGAUCCACUAGUCCACAGAAUUAAAACACCAAUCGAGAGAUCUCUGGAAAAGAAAAAUGGGUUCUUGGCUUAGAUCACCCAUCAAAUUGAUCGCAUACCCUGCAGUGUUAGUAGUGUUGUUGCUUGCUUCAUUCAGCUUUACUUCUACAGAAGCCUUUGAUCCUCUGGACCCAAAUGGAAAUAUCACAAUUAAGUGGGAUGUCAUAAGUUGGGCGCCUGAUGGUUAUGUUGCGAUUGUGACAAUGUAUAAUUUCCAACAAUAUCGUCACAUUCAAGCUCCUGGAUGGUCCCUUGGUUGGACAUGGGCGAAGAAGGAAGUGAUAUGGAGCAUGGUGGGUAGCCAAGCAACAGAUCAAGGAGAUUGUUCGAAAUUCAAGGGUAAUAUUCCACAUUGCUGCAGGAAAGAUCCAACAAUCGUAGACUUACUACCCGGAACUCCUUAUAACCAACAAAUUGCAAACUGUUGUAAGGGAGGAGUCAUAAACUCGUGGAUGCAGGACCCUGGAAACGCUGCAAGUUCCUUUCAGAUUAGCGUUGGAAAUGCUGGUACCACCAAUAAGACAGUUAGGGUUCCUAAGAACUUUACGUUAAAAGCUCCAGGUCCAGGUUAUACUUGUGGUCCUGCUAAGGUUGGAAAACCUACUAAAUUCUAUUCUCCAGAUGCUGGAAGGAGAGUCACUCAAGCUAUGAUGACUUGGAACGUUACUUGCACGUAUUCGCAAUUUCUGGCACAAAAAACUCCAACUUGUUGCGUUUCACUUUCGUCAUUCUACAAUGAUACAAUUGUUCCUUGCCAAACUUGCACCUGUGGCUGCCAGAACAACAAUACACAACCGGGGAGCUGCGUAAAUCCAGACUCGCCUUAUUUAGCGUCGGUUGUGAAUGGUCCUGGAAAGAAUAGCCUUACGCCUCUUGUUCAAUGUACAAGCCACAUGUGUCCAAUUCGUGUUCAUUGGCACGUGAAGCUCAACUACAAGGAGUACUGGCGAGUGAAGGUUACGAUAACAAACUUCAAUUACAGGAUGAAUUACACGCAAUGGAACUUAGUAGCCCAACAUCCCAAUUUUGAUAAUUUGACUCAGAUUUUCAGCUUCAACUAUAAACCAUUGAGUCCAUACGGCGCUAUAAAUGAUACUGGAAUGAUGUGGGGAGUCAAAUUCUACAACGAUUUUCUAUCACAAGCGGGUCCUUUUGGUAAUGUGCAAUCAGAGCUACUCUUCCGUAAGGAUCCUUCGACAUUUACAUUUGACAAAGGAUGGGCUUUCCCGAGAAGAAUCUACUUCAAUGGAGAUAAUUGUGUCAUGCCCCCUCCAGAGGCUUACCCAUAUUCGCCAAACAGCACUUCCAGGUCACAAUUCUCGGUGUUUAACAUAUUGAUGGCUCUGUUAUUGUCUUUAGCUUUCUCCUCUUUUACAAGCGUCUGAAUGAAGUAACGAGAGUAGAACAUGUUUUUGUUGUUGUUGGAGAAGAAAGCGAAAAUAAAUACACGACCAUUAACUUAUACACUCAGACAGCAGAUUAGAUCUUUAGAUGAUUGAAGGUGUUUCUGUGUUUGGUUGGUUGAGGAUCCAUGUCUCUCUCUAUAUAUUUGUUAUUGAAUCAUUUGUGAACUUUGACAAAAAAACAUAGACUAUUUGUGUAAUUAAAUCUAUAUAUUAUGAUCAUGAUUGGAUAUUCUUAUAUUUGUUUUUAACAAAUGUUUGUUUUACAAACAGUUA